AAGUGUUUGUGGGUCGCUUUAGCCAUGUAUAUACAAAGAGAAGACAGAAGAGAUAGCUAUGUGAAAUCAUCACUCAGUUGCUCACCUGGUCAGGUGAUCAGUUUCCAUUACAGCUCUUUCUGCUGUUGAAACGUCGCGGACAUUGACCCACUGCAGGAGGAGCAGCUGGAAAACCUUUCAGCAUUCAAAUUUCCCGCCUAGUUCCCGCGAUGCUAGGUCAAAGGUCGUCACCAUGGAUUUUGUUUGUUUAUCACGUGUGCGCGUGAGCCCCGCCUUCGAAAACUAACGCAAAUCUUCAGCAAUCUUUCAGCUUCUCGUAAUCCGUAUGGCCCAGAUGGAGGUGCUACAGAACGGGAUGUCUUCAGAGCCUGUGGAGUUCACUCCAUGCUCCAUUUGCGGGCGAACAUUCAAUCCCGAAGUCCUAACUCGCCACGAGCGCGUGUGCUCCAAGAGCCAGAAGCUGGCCCACAAGAGGCCAGUUUUCGAUGCGUCCAAGAAGAGAAUUGAAGGAACGGAUCUCCAGUCAUUCCUAGCCAGCAGGCCCUACCUCAACACCAAGAAACCCUCUACUGCAGAAAUUAAAGCAGCAGAGAAAAAGAAGAACUGGAGACGGAAACAUGAGGAUUUUAUAAACGCUCUUCGCUCUGCCAAAGAGUACACUGAAGCCGAGGCGACUGGUAAGACUAUCCCUCCACCAAGGCCAUCAGAACCCAAUCCUGACUACGUCCAGUGUCCUCACUGCGAGCGAAGGUUUGAGGAGUAUGCUGCAGAGAGGCAUAUCCCCUUCUGCAAGGAGAAACACGCUCGCAUCGAGAGGAAGGCUCAGGACAAGGCCAUGGAUAAACUCAAUAAGAGAAUACAGUACAAGCCACCCAAACUGAAGAAGAAGAGCAGCGAUCAGGACGCAACACCGUCGAAAAAGUCAGUGCAUCCUCCAGGAUACCACCUCGUGCCCAGGAAAUCCAACUUUAGCGGGACUUACACUCUCGACGACGAAAACAGCCCCGAGAGGCAGAGGAGCUACCAGUCUCCAUAUGGAGGAGCUGGAGGGAGGAAUGGUGGUGGCCACGUGGUGAGAGCACAGGUCCCAAAGUCAUUCUCUCAGAGAAUGACGACCUCGUCACACACUUCAGCUACGCCUGCCAGAGACCUCCCAGGGAGUUCAUCAGAUCCCUGGAUGAGGAGACAUGAGAGUGUGGGGGCAGGAGAGGGAGAGAAUGGAGGAUUUGCUUCAUGUGACGAGAAACAGCAGAUAAGGAGACGGAGAUCGCAGCUCAAGACGCCGCAGUCAGUGGUUGCUGGUUUCCCCGGCGGCCAUCAGGGGAGAGGGUUUGGUGGGGGAAGGGAGGGAGGGAAGGUUGGUCUGGCCAGGCAGAUCAGGGGAGUCAGUGACGGCAAUGGAGGACAGCAUUCUUCCUCCUCGUUCGGUGGAGAGGGAGGAGACCCCAUGAGACUGGGCCCAGUCAAACCAAAAGGAAAAUCAAGGUUUGUACGUCUCGCGAUACAUCAUGUUUUCCAGUAA